AUGAACGAUCAUUCGAAGCUUGUGGCGUCGGAGGUGAAAACCGAAAAGCUGGAUGACCGCGCUGGGGGUGAUCGGGAGGCCACGCGACAGGACUCGAUCGAGCGGAUUCUGCAGCGUAAACAUCGAGUCUUUCUGCUGCCCCGGAACCAGAAGUUGACCAAACUGUCGAUGUAUUCGGCCUGCCAGGGACCGGAUUGUCGGUGCACUGGGUGGAAGACCCCCGAGGAGAACCGGCACAAGGACGUGGAGGUGGACUACUGUCCGGACUUUCAGGAAGAGUGCCGCAACCCGAACUGCAAGCAUCCGCUGGAGAUGCACAUUUCGCAUCUGGGCGAGGUCAACGACGACCAGACGAAUGAGCUGCUCGGGGCCAUCGUUGACGUGGAGAAUUUGUACAUGAGUAUGCUGAGGGAGACGGACACGGACACCAAGAAGGUGUACGCGUACCUGUUUCGGCUCCUGAGGCAAUGCAUCCUAACGAGAUCACAAGCCGUGAUCCGUGGUCCGUUGGGAGAUCCUCCCUUCGAGCAUCCGUCGAUCUCGAAGGCUGUCACGAACUUUGUACUGCACAAGUACAGCCACCUCAGCCAAGGCGAGCUGGAAACCAUGACCGAGGUGGCCAAAACGUUCCUGCACUGUUUGAACCACUGGAAUUUCGAGGCCCCAAGUGCGCGUAAGGACUUGAACCACGAAGAUGCUUCAAACUACAAGAUCAACUACACGCGCUGGCUCGUAUUUUGUCACGUUCCGGCAUUUUGCAGCUCGCUGCGCCACUUUGAAACGUCGAUUGUGUUUGGUCGCACGCUGUUGAAGGCCGUCUAUCAGUACGUCUAUCAACAGCUGUUGACCAAAUGCAAAACCGAGAAGGACCGGAUGCCGCCGGAGAAGCGCAACAUGCUGUCGCAGUUGCCAAAGUUCCUGGAAGCGCUCAAGCACGAAGUCGUCAACGAGGACUCGCAAAUCUGGGAUCCCAACUUUAAGCCAACCGCCUCGUUGAUGCUCCAGAAAACCAAACGCCAACACGAGGCAGCCAGUUCUUCGAGCGCGAAAAAAUCCAACGAUCCCAAACGCUACAAGCGCGAUUCCGACUGCGAAGAUCUGCCGGAUGAUGUGGUUGUAAAGGCGCUGAAGCGAAUCAACGACUCCAACUACACGAGCCGAGCCGAGGUUGUCUUUCCUCCGAACGCCCCGAGAGACGAGGCGGCCAAAGCUGAGGAGAAUCGACGAGAAAUCGAAUUCCACGUGGUUGGAAAUUCUCUUACAAAACCCGUUACGAAGGAAUCGAUGCUGUGGCUGCUGGGUCUUCACAGCGUGUUUGCCCACCAGCUGCCCGGAAUGCCACGGGAGUACAUCUCGCAGCUGGUAUUCGAUCCAAAACACAAAACACUCGCGCUAAUCAAGGACGGCCGCCCGAUCGGGGGCAUCUGCUUCCGGACGUUCGCCUCGCAAGGCUUCACCGAGAUUGUGUUCUGCGCGGUAACGAGCAGCGAACAGGUCAAGGGCUACGGAACCCAUCUGAUGAACCAUCUGAAGGAUUACAGCACGCAGCGAGGCAUCAAGCAUUUCCUGACGUACGCGGACGAGUUUGCCAUCGGGUACUUUAAGAAGCAGGGCUUCUCGAAGGACAUUAAGGUGUCGCGGCACGUGUACGCAGGCUAUAUCAAAGAAUACGAGGGAGCCACUCUCAUGCACUGUGAGCUACAUCCGAGUUUGAUUUACACGCAGUUUAGUUCCGUUAUCCGAAAACAGAAGGAAAUUGUCAAGGAAUUAAUCGCGCAGCGACAGCAAGAGGUGCAGAAGGUUCAUCCGGGGUUGUCCUGCUUCAAAGAAGGGUUGCGUAGCAUUCCCAUCGAGUCCAUUCCGGGGCUGCGCGAGGUCGGCUGGCGGCCGCAGUACCGAGCCCAACGCGCGGCCCGCCCUCUCGAAGAGUCCGCCGAUCCGGACAAGCUGGCCAACUCGCUGAACGUCGUGCUGCAGUCGGUACGGCAGCACUCGGCCGCGUGGCCCUUCCUAAAGCCGGUCAACCCGACCGAGGUGCCCGAUUACUACGACCACAUCAAGUAUCCGAUGGACUUGAAAACGAUGGGGGAUCGACUCAAGAACAAAUAUUAUGUGGCGCGCCGGCUGUUCAUGGCAGACAUGGCUCGUAUUUUUACCAACUGUCGAUUGUAUAACUCUCCUGAAACCGAAUACUACCGCUGCGCCAACACCCUCGAGCGGUACUUCCAGACAAAGAUGAAGGAAAUUGGUCUGUGGGACAAAUGAUGUUCGCCCACGAAGCCAGAGUUGGAGAAUGAAUCUGACCCCGAGGAUGAUGACGACGACGACGACGACGAAGACUGCGUGAAGGUGACUCCGAAGGCAGGAUACGGCAUGAAAACCAAGGCCAUUUCUACGCAAAGUUCUGUCGUAGAUUUGAUCAGGGCCGAGGUAAAGCCGGCGGAGGGAGGAGUAGGAACGUUGUAAAUAGUUGCUUUAAUUAAUCGUUCUACAUUUUAGUAAAUGAUAUUUAACUCAUGAUUAUUGUGAAAUACAAAUCUACAUUAUUCGUUAACAAAUCAAUGUGAGUAAAAUAAUUAUAAAAUCUACAAAACCUUAAACAUUGUAAUUUGUAAUACCAAUAUCAAGAUAGUAAAAAUAAACCGUAUGAAAUGCUAUAACUA